GGAUGAAAGAUUUCUCAUUGUUGAAUCUGAACAACAGUUUUGGUGCAAAGAUGAGACGAGGAUUGAAAGGGUCCUGUAAUGGGGACGCCUCAACCUCGACUCUAAACCAACGAGUAUAUUCUACGGAUGGCCAAUCGAUUGACCAUCCGGUUUACGACUUUCCAAAAGUGGAAAGACAAAAGACGGUUGCUCCUACUCUUGAGGAGAUGAUACUUGAGUUAGACUUGGAGGAGCGAGCGGCGGCUAGACGGGCCAAGAUUGACCAAGAUGAGCGGAGGAUGUCGUGCGUGAAUUUCAAUAAUUCGGACAUUCUUCGAUCGGCGAGAAACGCGAUGCUGAACCAGUACCCGAGAUUCUCUCUUGACGGGAAAGAUGCUAUGUAUAGGUCUUCUUUUGUCCGCAACAAAAACCAGAAUGUUCCUUGUUUUGCGACUAGAUCUAGGUUUGUUGGUGGGGAGAGAGUGGUUUGGUGUAAACCAGGGGUUGUGGCUAGACUGAUGGGGCUCGAUGCGGUCCCUGUUCCGGUUAAUAAUGGGAUUUGGAGAAAUAAAGAGAAGGCUGCAGUGGUUGUGAAAACACGAAACAACUUGUUAUAUGGAGGAACGAGGAGAAGGGAAAAUGUUUGCGACCAUGGGUACUGUGCUGUCGGGCUAGCCAAUGGUGAAGAAGAAGCAGAAGUUGGCUGGCCCAUGCGGGGAAGAAACUUUUAGUAGCGAAAGCCGAGAGGGUCCCCAAACUAUGAGCGAAACAACGUCGCGGGUUAAAAAAUCAUUUUGUUGUUUCGGUUGAGUUUUGAUAUUGAGAUAUGAAUGAAAAAAUGAAUAAGUGUUUACGAUAAAUAAUAACGGAAUAAAACCAUAUUUUUUUCCAUGAACUUGCAGCCA